AUGUCUGGAUCUGGAUAUACAGGACAAGCCUCUAGAAAUUCACCCCGCAAUACCCAAACACAUCUGCGGGACGGAGAAAUGCAGAGCGGAAUAAUCUGUUUAGGUGGAAGAAAGAAAAAUAGAUCACAGAAAUACUUCCAGACCCCGCCGUUGCGCUGCUCACGUAAAGCGAACUCUAAUGAGAAGAACUUCAGUCAGUGGAACAGAAUUGAGAACAGCGCCCUCCGCAGUAGUAGUAGUAGUAUUGCUAUUUCCAGAGCCUGGAAACUCACACUCAUGGAGGCGAAAAGAAAUCCUGUUUUCACAUACAAUCCCUAUGACGAUACAUACCAAACCGUUCCAAUUGACAGUCAUAAUGCAGUUUACAUCAUGCCAAGUACAGGUAGUGGAGGGACUCAGCAUGUCUGGGUACACAGAGACUCUUAUGACAAUUUUGGAGAGCAGAUUGCGUUGGGCCUCCUGGCUGGAAUGGCUGCAGGUGCAGCAAUGCGUUCUCUUCUAUGGAUGCCCUUCUGGUUCUGCUGAGAACCAGUCAGAUAGAAGGGUGAUUAAUGGAAAUCCAGCAGACUGAGAGAACAGACUGGAAGAGCCGUCCAUAAAGCUCAGCCAUAGCAAAUGCUCCUGUUCCUUCAUAUAAAUAUGUAAAUAUGAGAAUAGCUGCAGCUGUUUUAAACUCAGUGGGCAUUAAGUGGUUAAUCAGUGUGUAAAGGAAGGAUUCUUCUUUUUUGAUUGUUUAGUUCUUUAGAAUAUCUAUAAAACUAUAUAAUAAUUCUGCACACAGCUAAUGAUUGUUUUUUCUUGCUGCUAUGAUUCUGCUUUGUGUAUGUCGUACAUGUAGAGCUCUGCAAACUUGCUCAGGGUUUUGUCCAUUAUUAUGUUAUUUUUCUCAGACACAAGUUCUCCUAUCAGUAUUUAUAAAAAGUUCCAAGAUUUUUCUAACUCUAAAACACUAAAGCCCGAAUUCAUUAUGUUCCAUAGCAUGAGGUUUGGGAGUGAUCAUCAGACCGUUGAAUGCUCUUCAAAUGAGAAUCUUGCAAAACUCUUCUUACAAAAGAAUAUGAUGCUGAAGUAGCCAACAAAAGCUGAAUAUGUUGAUCAAGCCUUUGAAAUACCUCAAAAAUGAAGGCAUGAUUAUGAAAUCAGUUCUCAUAACUGACCACUAGAGGCAGGCAGAGCAGCAUUUGCAUUUGGCCUGUUUACACACUACUAUGCUACCUUGCGAGUAUAAGUUAUAAACUUAAUAUUGUUGUGCAAAAUAAAAUGCAGAAUAAUAAAAACAGAAUCAUAUUAGUUGGCUUUUCAUUUUUUGUGCGUUUACAAUUAAAACUUCUGCACAUUUAACAAUGUCCUGAUUAACAAAGAAAGUUAUACAUAAUCCAGCAAGGAAAAAAAAAAACCCACUGUUGCUAAAUACAAGAUUUUAUUAGGGACGCCUCAAGAUGCUGAUCAAUUUUUGCAGUGCAAAUAAUGAGCAUUGGUGUCAAGCAGUGCUACCAGAGGAAACUGGUUAAAAUCUAUUUGAAAUGAAUGAGACCGUUUCAAGAAAACAACCAAACAAAAUGCACUAUAUCAUAAAAAAUGUUUUUUAGAUCAGUCUGGGGACAAACUUAUCACUGUACAGUUAAAAAAAACAAACGUGGAAGGUGCUUAGGGCCAGAAUGUCUAAACGUCUCCAUGUCUGCAAAUUAUGACAAACAAAACAGUUUAAAAACAAAAACAAAGAGAUUACAAAUAAAUAUUAGGGUUCAUGCUUGAUUCAACAAAUCAAACCAUAUCUAGUGUGUCAUUAUUACAAUAAAUCAAACUUUACAAUGCUAAAAAAAAAAAAUAAAAAAAAAUAAAAAGUGGAAGUC